AACCUUUCUGGAAAACGCAGCUGGCUGUGCUCUGAGGUUUGUCCUCAGAAUGUGAGGAGGGCCACACAGAUACCGCAGAGACUGUUCAAAGACUGUUGGGUUUACCUUACGAGCUUUUGCUCCGCCGUAGUGUGGCAGAAAAAUGAGAUUGCAACAAUUCUUUUUUCUGUUUCUUGUUUUUAUGAUGAGUCUUCUACUUACCCCCGGACAGAGACCAGCUAAUUUGGCAAUGAGAAGAAAAUUGCACAGGUACAACUGCCUUCAGAGGAGAUGUAUGCCUCUGCAUUCACGAGUGCCCUUCCCCUGAGAUCUUCUCUAUCUAACUUCUCCAGAUCUACCAGAAGAGGAGUGAAGGAAAAGAUACCCACCCACGUAAUAGUGUGAUUGAUUAGAAGUUUCUGUAUGAAAAGGAAUUGUUUGAAAGCAAUGGGAUGGUUUAUUAGUUUCACACGAUUCUCUUCUUUCUGGUUUCUCUUUAGAGAGAAAAUAAAUUCAAAAGCAAUUCCAGUCUGAAGUAUAAUUAUUUGCUUGCAUAACAAAAUUCUCUUAUCUUUUUCUGCACAUUAUUAUUCUUACCUGGUUUAAGAAGAAAAACUCUUUAAUGUCUUAGAACUCUCUAACAGUAAAAAGUGUAGGAGUUUAAAAUUGUCCUUUCAUAUUCUUAUAAUUUUCCGAAGGUAUUAAAAUUACUUUUUAUAUGUUUGAGUGAUUGUAAAAAAAAAUCCUAAAUCUGAAAUCAGUUGCAUUGGCUAUUUGGCUUUGCAGAAUAGGGAGAAAAUUAUUCGUUCAUUGAUUAUUUAUAUAGAGAGACUAAGAAAGAAACUAUU